GUGUCAGAGCCGAUGAUUCGAAUAUACGAGGCAGGGCUGCAAGGGGUGAAUGCUAAACGGUAUGCCGUUAGUACAGGGUACCACAUGUCUGUACUUAACAAACAGCUACAAUGUGCAAACAAACGAAUACGAAGGAAGCACAGGAACGAGGUCCGCUGGAGCCGGAUUAAAGGAGUGGAGGAGCAUUCAGAACUGGUUCGAGUCUGAACAUUAUUGCAUGUAGUAUUGUGUGGCUGCUGGGUUCCAUCCAGCUCUUCUGCACAUUCUUGCAUCGCUUCUUGUCCUCAUAUUGUUGGCAAACUGGUGAACUACAUUUGAAAUGCGAAUCGCAUGCAGCAAUCAUUUGUUCCAUCACGGAAGCAGGACAAAGUCUUACUGAUCUUCUACGAAGCGCUACACGGAUUUAUUGAAGUGUGUCACUUGACCUGUCCUGGUUCUUCUUGAAGCCAGCAGCAUCAACUGCAAAUUGUCAUCCCAGAUUUUUUCUCGGAAUUCUCAGCGUUGAAGGCCACAAACUCUGAGAGGGGCCCGGUCGGUCUCGAUUUUCAGAAGUAUCCAACAGCGCUGCAUUUAAGACGGCAGAGGACUUGAAAACGAUCGCGAAGAGACUGAGAGUCUGGGACCUGGGAUCGAAAUCUUGCUCACAUAUCGAGCUCGAAAAGGUGGAUGACGAGCAGGAAGAAACAAGAAACGAAGCCGAAUUCGGUGUCCUAACAUCUGAAACGUUGAUGAAUCUCAUGAUUUGUUCAUUUGCUUGUCCCACGGUGUCAGAAACGGUUGCGGCUGCGAAGCCUACUGCUGAACUUCCGGCUCUCGAAUUCUUAGAAUCUCUGAGUCGACCUGAGCUUUUCGUCACCUCAGAUGUGUUUCGAUCAGAGGGCGCCCUUACUCGGACGAGAAGCGAAGCGGAGAGCACGGAAGCGACUCGAAUCACGAGUGGAAGGAAGGCAGCUGGAGUGGAUGAAGGAAUGCGCAACAAUUAUUGUACAAUCGAGAAUGAACAUAGGGCCGGGUCAGACUGCUAGGCUCGGAAGGAGACAGCCAGCCCGGCAACCAAACCAGCCGACCAGCUUUUGCAAGAAGGCACGCCCAGCAGCAGAACUGUUUCGUCGUGAGGAACGAGUGCCAUUUCUCCCCAGGCGGGCCGUCCCCUUCCCCUUCCCACUCCCGCUCCCGCUGCUGGUUGUUUACCAGCUCGUCCGCUUUUUUCCUUCUUACCUUUACCCUCGAGAGAGACGCUCGAGCACAAAGCCCUACCCCGCUCUCCAAAAAGCCACGGUAGCUUUUGGGAAUAAUCGAAUGUAGGUAAAUGACAUCACUCGAAAUUUACUCGCACAGCUACUCCGCCGAUUGAUGGAUGGAUGUCAGGACCACGGGCAUGGGCCACGUGUACGCAGUCUGGACUCCGGUCGAUGAACCAGUCCCGUGCCCCAGUCCCAUGCCCCCUCGUUCCCGCACUGCACGUCCUGUCUCUAGUUCGGCGCAUAAGUAGCAGCAGGAUUGGCGGCGCCUCUAGAAUGUCAAACCCACGUUGCGGUCAAACUCGAGGGCCCCGACAUGUUGUGCUGCGAUUGAGAUCGUGUUCAGCCCGUAGGAUCAGUAUCCGACGGCAGCAGAAACCACGAGCUACCGGUUUACCGGCACGCGACCUUUUACAUGGAACACGACACGGGGGACAUGAUCUUCCUUUGUUCCUCCCGGAUUGGCUGUCCCGGAGAUAGAACCGUCACUCUUCUUCGUUCAUACAUGUUGUACUCCGUUCGGCAUUUUAUUCGCGCUGUGCGGAGGGAGGUGCGCCAGCGUCACUAAACGUGGUCCAAAUUUAGGGACGGCGCUUUAUCGGCAAACUCUUGCACGUUCAAACGACAAAACUCGGAGACUGCAUUCAGUAACGGCCCAUUUCCACCACCAGUUUCCUUUCAUUCAACUGGUGGUGGGUAUGAGCCCGUCCAGAGUAAAUGGCUGCUCGAAGAAGAGGAAGAAGAAGGAAUCUGGAGGCUCUGCUGCUCCGAGACUGACCUUCCAUUCUCUGGCUGAACGACGAAGACGACGAUACCGGACCGGAACGAUGCCCUUGCAGCGAAGAUUUGCCUACAGGUCUGCCUCAAAUCAAGACUGCCUCCAGAUAAUUGAAACAGAGGUCUAAAGAUGAUGAUCUUGCGGUGCACCCUCGAUUCUUUUCUCAGAGAAAGCUCCGAUUACUGGUUCCACCGAAGGAAAUUGUACAUGCAGUUUCAGGAGAAGAACAUAUUUUCUUAAAUGUCUAGGCAAUUGUGGAGUUCUGCUCACCUUCAUCGUGGAGCGGAUAUCUCAGAAGAAUAAGUGCAAGAGAGAAGUGUAAACAAGACGAGGGAGUGGCAGCUUAGCGGAUUUCCUGGUUGGCCUACGGGAAGGCAGCUGGGACUUGAGUACUGUUUCUGCCGUAGAUCAGUGGAUCUGUGAGCACUCUUCCGCCAACUCUGCGCCAUAAUUGUCACUGUUCCAAGAUUGGACUUAUACGGUUAGAUUGAUACUACAGAGGACAUCGACACCGUCCAAGCUGUCGAUGUUUAGCGGCGGUAGCUUUAGCCGUACUGGGAUCUACUUGCGCUUUCACAGUACGGUACACAUUGGCUACAAUAAAUUGUAACGACGUGUUUCUACUAUCGUCAUCUCUGCCACCGAAAUAUAUAGUUUCCGAAACUGGUUUCACCCUUAAGCAAUAUAUAUUACGUCAUUUCUAUCACCGUACACCAAAACUGUGACUAGUGUACAAUAGAGAUUCCUGAACCUCUCAUUUGU